AGUAAUCUGUCAUGCAGCCAGAUCCCAGGGCUGAAUUUCCAAGCCCUGAAUCUGACUUCAUAACAUAAACAUGCGAGCACCUGGCGGGAGAAGAUAAAAUGAGCCUGGGAACUCAGGGGUGAAAGUAUAAACAAUUAUAAUUGCUAUAGUGUGGGGGGGGAUAGAAACCUUGGUGGAAAUGUGAUCCAGAAGGUGGGGUUUGAUGAUGAUAUUUGCGUGUGAUAUUACGUUGCAUCAGAAGUGAUAAAAUUAGAUGUAUGUAAACAUUAGGUCAUUCUCGACUUUUCCAAAGUCAUGUAUUCUUCAAUAAAGAUUGUGUUUGAGAGCAGCUGUCUUUGAUCUGCGUUCAGACUGGUCCUUUGAAGUAAGCCUGACAUUAAAGUCGAGAAUCCCAUUUCUCACCCUCCUGCGGAAUUCGCAGUGAAGUGAUAAUGAGCGAGGAAGAAGAUCAAAGCCCAAAUGAGGCAGAGAGGCCUUUGCAAGGGGCCCGGCCGAAGAGAGAAGAGACGCUGCAAGCCAUAGCUUCCUCUACGGGGUACCCCAAGCCGAACGGCGUGACCCAGAGAAUUCCCAGGCUCGGAAGAGGCGUCUCUGCAGCUGCAGAAACCAGUUGGGGAUCUGGAGGAAGUAUGCCGGAGACCGUGGCCCUGCGGUUAUCCAUCCUGGAAACUAAUUUAUCCAGGCUGUCGGAAACCGUGGGGAGAUUGGUGCCAUUAUUGGAAGAGAAUCUCCAGAAGGAGGCCAGCCGAUAUGGCGCCGAGAGAGAACCAAGCAAAGAAGGAGAUUGGAGCCAGAGGGGCCAGCGGGCGUCAACGCAGAGCCCCGUGGCGGCAAGGGACGAGGGAGAUGAGGAAUACUGGCAGGAGCUGCAGUUCCGGGGCAGCAUGGCGCGAGAAGUGGAGCGUCAGCGAGCCCUGGGGACCCUGAGGCCGCCGUCUCCAACAGAGCUCCCAACCCCCCGAAUGGGCGUCAGGGUGGAAAGGCCACUGGGGCCAGGGAUCGGGUCCAGUGGAUUCGCAGACGAAGGCGGAGAGGAGCGGGGGGUCCAGGAAGAGGAGGAGGAUGUGCCGUACGACGAGGAAAGGCGAGAUGAGGGGGCUACAGCUAGGCCAGUAUGCGGAUGGGCGGAAGAGCCAACAGCGGCGGCAGACUUCCAGGAGCCGCGCAGAAUGACCACCGGAGUGGGGCGCGGCGUGUUCCAAGGAGCCACCCGAGGAAACCUGAUGCAACCCUUCCCCAUGCCGCCCAGACAAUAUCAAAGGGCUGCAGAAUGGAUGCCUAGAAGGGAAGAUCUUAAGCUGGAAUACGGAGGGGAAUCAGAGGAACUGAACUUUUUUCUAAUUAGCAUUAGAGGAUACAUGGAAGACAACGCACACACAUUUCCCUCCGAAGCAAGCAGGGUUCGAGCCAUCGGCAACACACUAAAGCGAGGAGCAGCCAGCUGGUAUGUGCAAUUGCAUGCCAGACGCGACCCAUGCCUGAGGUCAGUGCCCCGCUUCCUCGCCGCACUGGAGAACCGGUUCAGAGACCGGCUAGAGCAAUUGAGGGCUCGAGACCAACUGAAAGGAAUAAAACAGAGGGACAAAACGGUGCCCGAGUACGCAGAGGAAUUCCUCCACCUCGCGGAAAGGGUACCGGAGUGGUCUGAAGUAACCAAAGUGGAACUAUUUAAAGAGGGACUACGCCCCGAGAUUUUCAGCUGGGCAGCGCACAGAGACGACCCCGAGACGCUCCAGGGAUGGAUUCAGCUAGCGGGGCGCGUCGAAUCUACCCUGGCACAAGUAAAGCGCUUCAGGAGCAGCAGCGGCCAGCAAAGACCGGUGGCGAGAGGUCGAGGAGAAACGAGGAAGCAAGAAAGACCCGGAGGGAGGCCGGGGAUUCCCUCCAGAGGAGACGACAACAAACCUAAACCGGGAUGCUUUGUAUGUGGGAAGACGGGCCACCGAGCAGCGGAAUGCUGGGCCCGGAAGGGGGAGCCGCCAAAAGCCCCAAAGCCCAAGCCAGCAACCGGGAGGCGUGCGGAGGAGGAGGUGCAGGCCCCAGAAUCUUCGGAAAGAUUGGACUAUGGUGAAAGAAGAACCGAAGAGGAGGACGAAGAAAACGGGGGCGCCAUGUCAUGCAGCCAGAUCCCAGGGCUGAAUUUCCAAGCCCUGAAUCUGACUUCAUAACAUAAACAUGCGAGCACCUGGCGGGAGAAGAUAAAAUGAGCCUGGGAACUCAGGGGUGAAAGUAUAAACAAUUAUAAUUGCUAUAGUGUGGGGGGGAUAGAAACCUUGGUGGAAAUGUGAUCCAGAAGGUGGGGUUUGAUGAUGAUAUUUGCGUGUGAUAUUACGUUGCAUCAGAAGUGAUAAAAUUAGAUGUAUGUAAACAUUAGGUCAUUCUCGACUUUUCCAAAGUCAUGUAUUCUUCAAUAAAGAUUGUGUUUGAGAGCAGCUGUC